AUGCGGGACCAUUGCCCAGAGGUCCCCAUUACCCGGGAACAGCUGGACCACUACCGGAAUGUGGCUGAAAAUGUUCAAAGUGAGCUUGCAGCAACGCUGGUCAAAUUUGAAUGCGCUCAGUCCGAGCUUCGAGAACUCCGUUCCAAGAUGCUUUCUAAAGAAGUUUGCUGUCAGGAGCUGAAGGCAGAAAUGGAGAGCUAUAAAGAAAACAGCGCCAGAAAAUCAUCUCUCCUUGUCUCUUUGAGGGGCAGAAUCCAGGAGCUCCAAGAAGAAUCAGCAGCGUUUUCUGCUUCUAAAAUCAGAGCAGAGGCCUCUGCUCACGCCAUGAUGAAGGAGAACCAGGAACUGAUGAAGAAAGUUCUAGAACUGGAUGAGAAAUUACAGAACCGUUCAAAGGAAAAUGAGGAGUCUAAGAAACAAGGCUCAGAGAACCUCCGGAGGCACGAGGAGUUUCGGACUCAGCUUUGUGAUUGCUUGAGUCUAGACAGGAAGUGUGAGGAGGCAUCGGACGAAGAUUUCAUCUUAAAGCUUAGAGAGCUGUGCAAGGAAAACACAUUCCUGAAAGGACAACUCACUACUCUUGAAGAGACUGUAACUGUCCAUGAGAUGGAGGCAAAGGCUAACAGAGAAACAAUCAUGAGGCUGGCAGCUGAAGUCAGCAGGGAGCAGACAAAAGCUGCCUCCUGGGCCGAGGAGAAGGAUAAGCUGAAUCAGGACUUGCUCAGCACUGCGGAGGCGAGAACAGCUCUAGAAAAGGAAGCUAAGCUCUACCAAGAACGGCUGCUUGCUUCUCAGCGAGCCUGGGAUGCUUCGAAGCAGGAGCUGAACCAGCUGAGGAAAAGCUGCCAGCAGCUGGACGUGAGCUUGAAGGCCAGCAGGGAGGCCGCCACAGCCUCGCAAAGCCAGAACUCCUGCUUCAGGGAGAAACUUGCGGCUCUUCUUUGCAGCCGAUUCGACAUAGCUGAGUCCACAGAGGACGCCAUAUUGGAGAGGAUUCGAAAGCUAGGCCUUGAGGAAGAGAGCCAGAAAAGGAUGGUCUCCCAUCUUGAAGCCCAGGUCUCCGAGCUUGUUGGGAAGUUGGGAAAGGAAUCUGAAUCUCACGAGAAAGCCCUGCAGAGGGCCCACGAGGCAGAAAAGAAGUUGGAGGCCCUUCAGGGUCAGCUGAGUCACCUGGAGGGAGAGCUGCUUUCUGGAGACGUCGUGAGAGACAACUUGAAUCUAGAGAAGCAAAAAUAUAUGAAGUUUCUGGACCAGCUGUCAGAGAAAAUGAAAUUGGGCCACGUAGCUGCUGAGCUUGGCUUUGACAUGCGUCUAGACAUAGUCUUAGCUCGCAUAGAGCAGUUAAUCCACCUCGAGAGCAAUGCCGUCGUUGAGAACAAGACCAUGGCUCACAACUUACAGAGAAAGCUAAAGACUCAGAAAGAAAGACUGGAGAGCAAAGAAGUGCAUAUGAACCUCCUUCGGCAGAAAAUUGCCCAGCUGCAGCAGGAGAAAGAGGCGCGCUCGGCCUUGGCUGUGGAGAGAGACGAGGCCCAUCUUGCCUUGAGGAAGCUGGAGAAGAAGGUGGAGAGGAUGCAGAAGGAGUUGAGUGCGUGUCAGGAGUACAACACUGAGCUCAAAGCCAAACUGGCGGACACCAAUGAACUCAAGAUUAAAACCUUGGAACAGACCAAAACCAUUGAAGACUUAAAUCAAUCCCGAGACGAGCUGGAGAAGAUGAAGGAGAACGCAGAGAAAAAGCUUACGUUGGUCAUGUCAGAGCUGGAAACUACAGAGCAGGAGGCUCAAGCAAACCAGGAAAGAACCAGGGCCAUGAUAGAGGUGGCCAGCAUCGAGAUGAGGAGCCUGAGGAAGUCUCUAGAUGAAGCAGAGAGGAGAGAACAACAGCUGGCGGACUUCAGGGAGGUGGUUUCCAGUAUGCUGGGCUUGAAUGUGACCUCUCUCGCUCUUCCCGACUAUGAGAUCAUCAAGUGUCUGGAAAGACUGAUCCAUUCACAUCACCAUCACCACCACCACUUUGUUCCCUGUGCCUGCCUCAAAGACAAGGCUGCUGAGCAAGGUAGUUGCUCACAGUGCCACGUGGAACUUCCGCACUGA